AUGACCGAAGAGGCCUCAUCUGCCUCUGUCAGGUCCUCGCAGGGGUCUCACAAGCGCGCCCCUAAGAACCCCCAGCAGCAACUCUCGCAGAUAGAGAAAUCUGUCACCCACCUGCUAGUCGCUACGAAGCAGCUCCUCGUCUCCGAUGUCUAUGUGCGCCUUGGCUAUGAGUUCAACAUCGCGUCGCGCGCAUUCAACGCCAUCGGCGUCGACACGGGCGAUCUCGGAAAUGUCCCGGAACUGCUUCGAGGCAUACUAGAGGAGACACUCAGCCAAGAAGCCUCGCAAGCAAGCCUCGACAACUUCCUGCCACGCAUACGCGACAUCAUCAUCAACCUACUCCACGGCCUGAAGAAGAAGCAGCAGCGGUUACGGCAAAGAACGGGCCGGGAUGGCACUCUCAGCGGCGGCACACGGCAGGGCAGCAUUGGCAGCAACGGAGACAUCGAGGAGGCACAACAACAACGCUCACAAACACAGCAGAUGCCCGUCAUCGCCCCGUACCCAGCAGACGAUGGCAUGCCCAAGCCUCCCGAGUCAUCACAACCAAACUAUGCCGUCGACUUCCCGCCACCGCCGCCACCGCCAAAGCAGGAAGACGCGUUUGCUGCACUGCAGAGAGGCGGAGAGCUGGAACGAAGAGCUUCACGGCGUUUCUCGCAGUACCAGAUACAGAAGCAUCUUGGGACCAACGGCAUCGCCAUUCCACCAGUCCAGAACUCUCCAGUACCGAAUAGGGGUCGGGAUGUGAGGGAGUCUAUGAACGCAGUGCGCACCAGAGCCUCUUUGAUGCACAGUCGGCAACGGUCGACACAGCAGCGGCCCGCAGUGGAAACGAAGUUUGACAAUUCAAGCGACGUCAGGCGCAUAUCCGAAGAAAGUUCGCAAAGCUCGGUACCAAGCAUAGCUCCUCCCACGGAACCAGAACCGCAAGACAGCCCCACACAAAAGACCCCAGAGGACAAAAUCGGACCAGCGCCCACGUUCGUUGAGGGGGAUAAGCCGGUGCUUGGUGCGACGUUGAACGGGCCCUUGUCCGACCCCAUGGGCAUGAGCGCGGGAGAGCUAUCUGCCAAAGAAUCCCUGAAAACCGCUUCUCUGCCAACAAGAGCUGGAUCUCGAAGAGGGAAGUCGGUAUCUCCGCAUCCACAGCAGUUUAUUCCGGAACAGUCGCCAGAGCCUAACAAAGAGCUCACACUGUUUUUGCAGUACAAGCAUAAGAUCAAGAAGUACGUCUUCGCUGAUGGCUUUGAUUUGUCUGCAGGACGCCUGCAGCUGGCUUUCAUCGAAAAGUUCGCCUGGGAUACACAUCGCUAUGGUGAACUGCCUGAGAUUCACAUCCAGGAUCCUGUUUCGGGUGUGCGCUACGAGCUGGAAGACAUCAACGAUGUCAAGGAUCGCUCAGUACUCGUGCUCAACGUGGAGCAACUCGACGAAGUCAAGAGCCAUAUCGACGACAAAUUUGGCGGUCUAAGCCGAUUGGUAGAAAGCAUCAAAACUGUGGUCGAUGACCAGCAGUCAACCAUACAACGUGUAGCAGAACGGCAGCAACAGACAGCACGAGAACUGGCCGGUAUCGCCGCUGCGCCUACGCUGAACUCAGCGCGCAACUCAGCCUUGUUGCCAUCUCGACCAAUCCCGAGUGGUCCUCCUGUGGAAGGCAGUAUCAACUCUGCUGCACAACUAAGCGAAGUUCAAUCGCUUCGCCGCGAUCUGGCCGUGGUGCGGCAAACAUACUCAUCCUUUGUUUCUGAUAUUCAGGCCAGUAUGUCUACAAUUCGUACAAAGGCAAAUGCUGUCAAGUCGACCGCUGUCAAGGCUGCACUACCGUCACUCGAUGGUGAUACCGGACGUGCUUAUAUCAACACUGGCAAGAAGUCGUUACAGGAUGACUCAGAGAAAAUCGUCAACCGGGUCGACGAUCUCCAAGACCUGGUCGAAGACCUUCGCAAGGAUGUUGUUCAGCGAGGAGUCCGACCUUUGCCUCGUCAACUUGAGGUUACAGCCAAGGAUCUCUCCAUUGCCACGGCUGAGCUCAAGAAACUGCAAGACUUCCUUGCCAAGGAAAAGCCACUGUGGACGAAGAUCUGGGAGCAAGAGCUGCAGACUGUGUGCGAAGAAAGGGACAUGCUUACCAUGCAGGAAGAGCUUGCUGCUGACUUGCAAGACGAUCUUGAGAAGGCUGCGCAGACACUUGAAUUGGUCGAGCAAGCCACUAAGCAACAAAACCUGGAAACCGAAAAAGAGCAGACUGGACAGAAGGGCUUGCGUUCUGCUAGCGGUCGGAACGCGAUUAAUGCAGCUGCCCUAGACAAGGUUGUUGACCCACGUGAGGCUCGAGACGGCGUGCUCGGCGAAGUCAAGGCUUUACAACCAAACCAUGAGAGCAGACUUGAGGCCAUUGAGCGCGCUGAGAAGGCCCGACAACGCGAGCUCGCUACCAGAAACGACGAUGAGUUCAAGCGCGAACUGGGCAAUUUCGUCGAAGAAGGCAAGCUCAAGAAGAGCGGUGGUGUGGAAGAAGUUGAACGUCUACGAAAGGCCAAAGACGAGCGUGCUCGCAAGGAGAACGCUGAGCGGGAAGCUGCCCGUCAACGAGCCAAGGCAGAGAAGAUGGAGCGAGAACGCGAGGCCGCUGCCGCCGCGGCCGCGGCAGCUGCAGCAAAUCCUGAAGGCGCCGAAGAAGCAUCUGAGGAGCCAGAGCAAGAAGAAGCUAAGGAAGAAUCUGAAGAUGCAAAGACUCACGUCCCCGGCCUGAUUCUCAAAACGAUGACGGAUACAUCCAACGGCAGCACACCCAGCCCCUCCAUGCCCACCCUCAGCGCCACAAUCCGCAUCGUCGACUCCACGCCUCGCCCGAUUUCCCAUAGCGAAGACUCCACAUGGCCGUCUUCACCCGACUCCACACCCACACCCUCCCUCCACACUCGCAAACUUAAAUCCCUUAGUUUGCGCAGCAGAGUCAGCGACUCUAGUUCUGACAGCACACCCACUCGCCCCCGCGCAAACACGUACGAUCCACACACCCCCGAGCGCAAGAGAGACACGGAUGCGGACAGCGUGGUUAGCUUCACGCCCAGUACGAGUAGCAAACGGUUGGCGAAUUGGGUCUCGGGACUGUUGGGACGAUGA